CUUUCAUCGUGUACAACACACGAAGACGGUCACAAGUAUAACGACGGCAAGCAGAAAAAGAAACAAAUUAAAAGACACCGAAUAAAUAGUGUGCAAUCCAAACCGAAAGGCUACCACCAUGAAACCAUUUGCCAGCAAAGGAACGAAAGGCAAGGCCAAACGCGAAUGUAAGUGCAAGGCAAAUUGUUGGCAUAUGGAAAUCAAAGAGGAGAGCAUCAAGCAAGAGCCGGACGAUAAUGCACCGCUGAUUGUACGCCUGACAACAUCAUUAUCGACCGAAGCCAGUGUCAAUGUUAAAUCGGAGAGCGAGAGCGAUAGCGAGGUUUUGCGCGAUGACGUUAAGGAGGAAAUGGAAUGUGAUGGGGAUUGUGUGAAGAAAGAGGGCGACACGAAGAAAGGAGCAGGUUCAAGUAAGGAUGCCAAUGAUGAUCAAGGCGAUGGUGGCUUAGAUAAUGUUAAUGGUGAACAACACAAACGUCGUGCGAAAGUCAAGGGACCAAGAAGAGCAAAGAAAAAGAACAAAACCAAAUCAACGAAAAAGCCAACGGGAAAGAUUAAGAAGUUGCAUCGUU